CCCCAUCACAGUUUACCCAAAAAAGAAAUAAAAAAGAAAAGAAAAUGUCGCAGCGACGCGAUGAUUAUACCUCAAUAGUUGAAGCCAUGACUUUGAUCAAUCAGAAAGUGAAUCUCAUGGGCGUCGUCCUCGAAACUAGCUUUCCAAGGAAGACCAAGGGCACUGAUUACUUCUGUUUGGUUAAAAUCAUUGAUCAGUCAUACCAAAGUCGUGGGCUUUCUGUUAAUAUCUUCACUGAGACGAUAGAAAAACUGCCCUGGUACUCAAUGCUGGUGAUAUUAUUCUGCUUUUUAACGUUAGGGGAGCGAGACGAGAAACUUAUACUCGGUUUAAGGAAGUGGUUGGUUGAUCACUCUAUUGUAGCAGAUAUCAGGGAAGGAGAUGGCUUCAAUUUGGUUUGCAAGAUUCUUCGUGUAGUUAGAGAAGAUGAGUGGAUCCUUCUUGUGUGGGAUGGAACUGACACUCCACCAGUUGCUAUUAAUGCAAGGUUAGAGGAUGAACUGGAAACCCCAUUUCCUUUAGAGUCAGUGCCAGUUUGUCUGCCAAGAGACAUAUUCUGCAAAUUGCCACCUCUUGGAACUGUGCUGAGGGUAACUCUGAAUUGUGGCAAUGAGAAACUUGCAAUGAACGUGCUCAGGACCAAUAGAUGGGUGAAAUUUGAUAACCUAAGAUGUCAACUUCUUGACUCACUGUGGCAUGCUGCCCACUUGCCGACUACUAGGUUUUGCUAUUUGCGCGAUGAAGAUCACAUUGUUUCACAGCGCAUGAGGGAGUAUGAUAAGCAUAUCAAAUCUAAAUGGGGGAUGGAUGCCUCUUUCAGUCUUACCUUGGCCAACUCAUGUGACAGUGACCGACCAUUCCGAAGUGCCUUUUGUCUCCUUGAUGAGAGCUCUUGUGCAUCCCAAGGCGUUAUCAGACUUUUUUUGCUAUUGGACUUAUUGCUGAAGGGCUGGAAAUGCCCAUGAAUAGAGAAUACUGAUGUCUCAUAGGGGAUUGUAUCCAACUGGGUGAGGUGGUAGGUAAAUUCCACUGUGUCGUUCGAGUUGUGGCAUCAUUCCCUUGGUUUGUUGAGGAUUAUUGGUCCCCUACUGGCGUUUAU